CUCAACGCACUCCGCCAUUUUGUAGCGCUUUAAGAAAACUCAGCCAAGCAACAAAGUUGCGGAUCAGAGCUGCUGUUCCUCGGUGUGCAAUGGACGGCCGCCUAGAGACUGAACUGUAUCCUUUGGGAUCGAGUUACGCAGAAUUAGACGUCGUUCACGAUAUUGCAGUUGGAACAAAGAGAGGAUCUGACGAGCUGUUCUCCUGUGUUUCCAGCGGGCCCUAUAUCAUGACCUCAGCAGCCAACGGCAACGACAGCAAGAAGUUCAAAGGUGACAUCAGAAGUCCUAGCGUCCCGUCCAGAGUUAUACAUGUCCGCAAGCUGCCCAAUGACAUCAACGAAGCGGAGGUCAUCUCCCUCGGCCUUCCCUUUGGCAAAGUCACCAAUCUGCUCAUGCUGAAGGGAAAGAACCAGGCUUUUUUGGAAAUGAAUACUGAAGAAGCAGCCCAGACGAUGGUUACUUACUACUCCUCCGUAACGCCCGUCAUCAGGAAUCAUCCCAUCUUCAUGCAGUACUCAAACCACAAAGAGCUAAAAACAGACAACUCACCGAACCAAGUGAGGGCACAGGCAGCACUGCAGGCGGUGAAUGCUGUCCAGACAGGUGGCAUGACUCUAAGUGCUGUUGACCCAUCUGGUUUGACUGGACCCAGCCCUGUCCUGAGGGUCAUCGUUGAAAACCUCUUCUACCCCGUGACCCUAGAUGUCCUGCACCAGAUCUUCUCGAAGUUUGGCACUGUGCUGAAAGUGAUCACUUUCACAAAAAACAACCAAUUUCAAGCUCUCCUCCAGUUUGUUGAUGGCCUGACGGCACAACAUGCCAAGCUGGCUCUAGAUGGACAGAACAUCUACAAUGGCUGCUGUACCUUGCGUACCAGCUUUUCCAAACUUACCAGUUUAAACGUCAAAUAUAAUAACGACAAGAGCCGUGACUACACUCGCCCGGACCUGCCAACUGGGGACAGCCAUCCCACUAUUGAACAUCAUGCUAUGGCUGCUGCUUUCGCUUCUCCCGGGAUCAUCUCUGCCUCACCAUACGCAGCAGCGCAUGCCUUCCCUCCGGCUUUUACUAUCCAGCAGGCUGCAGGGUUGACAAUACCUGGGGUUCCCGGAGCCUUCGCCUCGCUGGCCAUGCCAGGGUCAGCGGCGGCCGCAGCGGCUGCGAGCAGACUGGGGUUCCCCGUCUUCCCCGGCACCCAUUGCGUCAUGCUGGUCAGCAACCUGAACCCUGAGAGAGUUACGCCCCACUGCCUCUUUAUUCUCUUCGGUGUAUAUGGGGAUGUAUUGAGAGUUAAAAUCAUGUUCAAUAAGAAGGAGAACGCUCUCAUACAGAUGUCUGAUGGGACACAGGCUCAGCUUGCAAUGAGCCAUCUAAACGGGCAGAAGUUGUACGGCAGACCGCUGCGCAUCACGCUGUCCAAACACACGACUGUCCAGAUGCCACGAGAGGGACAUGAGGACCAGGGUCUCACCAAAGACUACAGCAGCUCUCCUCUCCAUCGCUUCAAGAAGCCAGGCUCCAAAAACUACUCCAACAUCUUUCCUCCCUCGUCUACCCUGCACCUGUCGAACAUCCCGCCCUUGGUUGUUGAAGAUGACCUCAAGAUGCUCUUUGCUACCAGUGGUGCUCUUGUCAAGAACUUCAAGUUCUUUCAGAAGGAUCGCAAGAUGGCUCUGAUUCAGAUGGGUUCAGUGGAGGAAGCGAUCGAGUCCCUCAUCCAGUUCCACAACCAUGAUCUCGGAGAAAACCACCAUCUUAGGGUUUCUUUCUCCAAGUCCAUCAUUUGAGACAAAAACAGUCUGAAAGGGAUGGAGUGGCCAGUCAUUUUAAACCUUACUGAGUCUUAAUCACAAAGCUCACUUCCAUCAUUCCAUUAUUUUAUUUAAGAGGCAUUUUAAGUGGAUAAUUACAUAUUUUUAGAACAGCUGUAUUAUUAGUUGGGCCUGAAAACGUCCUUAACUUUAUCACUCCAUCUGUCACUUUCAGCGUAUUUCAGGCUUCAGAAAAUGAUUUCUGUAGAAGCAGAGAUGAACCACUACAGGCUUUUGAUUCCAUUCGUACCAUUUGUGCCUUACUGCUUCAGAUCUCCAGAACCACAGUCAAACAUCUGCAACUAAUGUUUGCAAAUCUGGAGUUUACAGUCCAUUUCGUGCCCUCAGGGCCAAACAUACAUACUCUUAUGAGACAUGGGUUAUUUCAUCAGGCUGAUGGUAUAGGCCUAAAACUCUGCGCCUUUGCGUUACAUAUCUCCCAGUAGGGUUAUACUCAUAUCCUUUAGCUUUUGCAUGUAUACUGUAUCUUUAGACAUAGAAUGUUUACACGCAUUCCCUCCUUUAAAUGUAUGCAAUUGUUUGUGUAUAAAUCCAAUAGUGUUGUCUAGAUUUGAUUUGUUUUUAUACUGUGGGCCAUUGCAUGUUGGCGUUAUUCAGCGGAUCAUUAACCGCUGUCCGUUUACUGUUUGUCCUGUAUUUGGUGUAGAUGUUUAGUGUCGGGCUUCGUGUUGUGUGAUGUGAUAGAUUAUUUAAGCUAUUCUACUUAUGCCCCAUGUAUUUUAUGUAUUUAGGUACCUGUGUGUACACUACAGCUUGAUACCAAAGCCUUUCCUCCGUGUACCUUCGUAAGGGACAUCCUGACACCUUUUAGCUUCAUGACAAACGGCGUGUACAGACAGGUCCUCUCAUAGGGCCUUAUGUCCGUCUCUCUGUGGAGAACCGUGUGGUGGAAACAGUUCAGGUGAAUUGUGAUGGCCGCCAGAUAUGACUGAUAAUCAGCACACCUGCUGAAUUGUGCACGUCACAUAAUGCCAGUCUUAACAGAUGGCCUUUAGUGACCUGUAAAAACAGCUGGGCCUUUAUCCACAACAACCCCCCCCCCCCCC